GUGACACUGCUUCCAAAUUUUUUAAACGAGCGGGUCGCCGUACGCUUUGCGUCGCGUUAAUUUUUAUUAAAUUGAGCAAAUCGUUUUGCUGAUGUACACUUGUAUGCGUACAUUAAAAAAAUAAAUAGAAUUGGCCGCAUUUGCGAAUCGCUGGGCUGUGAACAAGCUUGAAUUAAGCGACCAAAUUGAAGUGCAUUUCGGGUUCGUUCCGAGACACGGUUCAAGAACUGCGUCGUGUUGUGCGUGUUGUUGUUAUUCUUUGGGUUGGGUUUAUAAGUAGAAAUACUUAUUUUUAAACAAACUCGUGGUGGGUACUCGGGCGGCGAUCACAUAAAUGAAUAGUACAUAAAACAUUGUUGCAGCAUUCAGCAAUUUUGGUGUAGCAGAAAGUUUCGUGCCAAAAUAAAUGAUCAAAAACGAGUUUUUGUUUGAGUGCAAAUCUGUGUUAGUGGAGAAAAGAAAACAAUUCGCACAGACUGACGAGAUGUUGUAAGCAUUUAAAAAUAUAUGAAUAUAUAUGUAUAUGGCGAAUGAAAGGUGUCAGUGCCAUCCGAAAUAAAUCAGCCAGGGCAGGGCGCUGGAAACUACGAAAGCAAAACGUGUAAACUAAUUGAGUGUAAAUUGAGUGCAUUCCUUACUGCAGUUGAUUUGAGUGGAGGCACAUAGACAGAUAGGCCCCAGGCCACUCAAUUUCGGUUGAGAAGAAAAGUCUCCCCACCCCACCCCACAACGCCAUGUUGCGCAUAAUCCUAUUUGGGUGGCUGUUGGCCGGCCCGGCACUCCUGGUCCACUCGGAGCUCACAGAACUAGAUGGCCCCAACAUAUGCAAGAGGCGGGAGAGCUACCCCGUGGAAGUGGUCUACACGGAGCUGCAGUCGUACCAGGAGCGUGGCUCCAACUGGUGCCUCACCAUCCCGCCACGCUGCUCCACGUACCGCAUCAAGAAUCGGGUGGUAAACAAGACCAAGACAAUCAUGAAGAACCGCAUUGUGCGCGACUGUUGCGAUGGCUAUGUGUCCGGCGGCGGGGAGUGCGUGCCCCAUUGUACGGACCACUGCGAGCACGGCAGAUGCAUUGCCCCGGAGAAGUGCAAGUGCGACCAUGGCUAUGGCGGCCCUGCCUGUGAUAUAAAUUGCCCACCUGGCUGGUACGGACGGAACUGCUCGAUGCAGUGCGACUGCCUGAACAACGCCCUCUGCGAGCCCUUCAGCGGGGAGUGCGAGUGCGCCAAGGGCUAUACGGGCGCCAGGUGCGCCGAUGUCUGUCCGGAGGGGCGCUUUGGCGCCAGCUGCUUGGAGGAGUGCCGCUGUGAGAACGGUGGCAAGUGCCAUCACGUCUCGGGCGAGUGCUCCUGUGCGCCCGGGUUCACGGGUCCCCUAUGCGAUAUGCGCUGUCCGGACGGAAAGCACGGGGCACAGUGCCAGCAGGACUGUCCCUGCCAGAACGACGGCAAGUGCGAGCCCGAGAGCGGGGCCUGCAUCUGCAAUCCGGGCUGGACGGGCGACGUGUGCGCCAACAAGUGUCCCGUGGGCAGCUAUGGCCCCGCCUGCGAGCUCUCCUGCGAGUGCUACAAAGGAGCACCCUGCCACCACAUCAGCGGAAUGUGCGAGUGCCCGCCGGGCUACCUGGGGGAGCGCUGCUUCGACGAGUGCCCCCUGAACACCUUCGGCCUGAACUGCACACAGACCUGCAGCUGCGAGAACGACGCCACCUGCGACCGGGCCACCGGCGCCUGCAUCUGCAACGCGGGCUGGCGCGGGGAUCGCUGCGAGGAGCGGAUCUGCGAGAGGGACAAGUACGGGCCGGACUGCAAUCAGACGUGCGAGUGCGACAUGGAGCACACGGAGCUGUGCCACCCGGAGACGGGACGCUGUCAGUGCAGCAUCGGCUGGAGCAGUGCCCAGUGCACGCGCCCCUGCACCUUCCUGCGCUACGGCCUCAACUGCGAGCAGACCUGCAACUGCAAGAACGGGGCCAAGUGCUCCCCCGUCAACGGGACGUGCCAGUGCGCUGCCGGCUUUCAGGGACCAACCUGCGAGGAGAGCUGCCCCCCAGGGACCUUCGGCCAGGACUGCGCCCUGCGCUGCGACUGCCAGAACGGGGCCAAGUGCAUGCCGGAGACGGGUCAAUGCCUCUGCACCGCCGGCUGGAAGAACAUUAAGUGCGACAGGCCCUGCGACCUGAACCACUUCGGGCAGGACUGUCGCAACGUCUGCGACUGCCACAACAAUGCCGCGUGCAAUCCCCAGAACGGCACCUGCACCUGUGCCGCUGGCUGGACAGGCGAACACUGCGACCGGAAGUGCGAUGCGGGCAAGUUCGGCCACGAGUGCAGUCAGAAGUGCCAGUGCGACCAGCACAACAGCCUGGCCUGUGACGCCACCAACGGGCGUUGCAUCUGCAAGCAGGAUUGGGGAGGCGUUCAUUGCGAGACCAACUGUCGGACCGGUUACUAUGGUGAAAAUUGUGAUAAAGUUUGCAGAUGCCUGAACAACUCAUCCUGCGACCCGGACAAUGGCAACUGCAUCUGCUCGCCCGGCUGGACCGGGGUCGACUGCAACGAGCCCUGUCCGACUGGCUUCUAUGGGAUGGAGUGCAAGGAGCGUUGUCCCGAGAUAUUGCAUGGUAACAAGAGCUGUGACCACAUCACGGGCGAGAUCCUCUGCCGCACCGGAUAUCUAGGCCUCACCUGCGAGCAUCCGUGUCCCGCUGGACUCUAUGGCCCCGGCUGCAAGCUCAAGUGCAACUGCGAGCACGGGGGCGAGUGUAACCAUGUGAGUGGCCAGUGCCAGUGCCUGCCCGGCUGGACGGGGGCCAACUGCAACGAGUCCUGCCCCACAGACACGUACGGCCAGGGAUGUGCCCAGCGGUGCCGCUGCCUGCACCACAAGGUCUGUCGCAAGAACGACGGCAUGUGCAUCUGCGAGACCGGCUGGACCGGCACCCGCUGCGAUGAGGUGUGCCCAGAGGGCUUCUACGGCGAGCACUGCAUGAACGCCUGCGCGUGUCCGUCGGCCAAUUUCCAGUGCCAUGCGGCGAACGGGUGUGUCUGCCGCAGCGGCUACACGGGCGAGAACUGCGACGAGCUGAUUGCAUCCCAGCGCAUCGCCGAAGCCAGCGAUGAAUCAGCCGGACGGGCGAGCGUUGCACUCACGAUAGUGCUACUCACACUCUUCGCCUGCAUUAUUUUCGCCGUCUUCUUAUACUACAGACGCAGGGUGUCCAAUUUGAAAACGGAGAUCGCCCACGUGCACUACACGCAUGAAACAGGAACCACCUGGCCGCCUAGCAAUCACAACUUUGAUAAUCCCGUGUACGGGAUGCAGGCCGAGACGCGCCUACUGCAGAACAAUGCGCGGAAGAUGAACAACUUCGACCAGAGGAGCACGCUGAGCACCGAAUACGGAGGCGACGACUCCAAUGCCAGUGGCAGAGUGGGAAGCUACUCGAUCAACUAUAACCACGAUCUGCUGAACAAGAACCUGAAUGCGGACCUAACGAAUCCGAAUGUGUACAAUGAUUCCCUGAAGGAGGAGCAUGUCUACGAUGAGAUCAAGCACAAGGAGGGCUACAAGGAUCCCGUGAAAAUUUAUAGCAAGAUUUUGUUUCCGGAGGGGGAAUACGAUCAUCUGGACUACUCGCGACCAAGCACUUCGCAGAAGCCACACUAUCAUCGCAUGAACGACACCAUGCUCAACAUCAACCACGAUGAGGAGAAACCCAACAAUCUGAAGAACAUGACCGUGCUGCUGACGAAGCCAGAGCCACCCACAGAGCCAGAGCCGCAGCACGAGAGCUUCGACAACACCAACAUCGACAAUGUGUCGACUGCUUCGCCCAGCUCCAGUCCGGAGUUCCGCAAAUAAGCACCAUACCACUUCUUCACUCUACAGUCACUCCACCAUCCACGUGGAAUAGAUUUUUUUUUUUUAAGUUGCAACUAAUGCGAACCAUGAUAUUUUAAAGCGUCUGCAUUUUAGCCUAACUUAUUCGAUAGCAUUUUAGUUGUGUAUUGUGUCUGUCUUUUUGUAGAAUGAGCGUCUUUCAUUCGAUAUGUAAUUGUUUAAUAGUUGGUCAGUUCGUUCAGAAUAUGUCAUAGGAGUACGAUGUAAGAUCUGUAUGCUCAAUUGUAUUUGUACAUUUUUAUUUAGGGGGCCCUAUACAACCCAGAGUGUCGGCCUCACUUUUGUAAAUGUCUUUCGUUUUAUACACACUUAUGCUCAUUCGAUUCAUUAUCUAAACGACUAAUACCCUAAGCGAGUACGUAUUCAAAAUAGUACCUAUACACCUCUUCCUGUUAAGAAAAGAUUGUGCUAUCAUUGUGCACUGUACACUGUCUGCAGUAGAGCGUCUCCAAGAGAAGGUUACCCAUUUUGAAGGUUGCAAUAAUUUUAAAUACGAGUAAUAUACUGCAUAUACAAAUUGAUAUCAAUAGCAUGUUAAGCAUAUUUUUAGAACUGAAUUCGAAGCGAAGUGUUGAAAACAUUGGGAGAAACUAUUUUGAUUACCACGAUAUAUUCAACAUACUAAAUGUCGAUUUUAAGUGUUCCCAAAUUGUAUUUUGAUUGUCUGUAAUAUAAAAACGAUUGGCCAAAAUUGUAAUUAGCUCCGAUUGGUAGAUUUUUAGAUCGAAUAUUUACAAGUAGCUUAAAUAUUGGUAUUUUUUGAAUACAUCAAAUUGUUUUCAAUGUGUAAUCCCAAUCCCAAUGCAUCUUUUUAUUCAAAAUAGUUAAAAGAUUAUUGUUCAUAUACAUAAUCAGUCUUAGGAAGGCGAAGAUAUAAAAUAAAACAAAUAUGAAUAUUUUAACA